UUACAUGCAGCUAGAGUAGAAUUGAAACGCUGGGGUUUGAAAGCUUAAACAUACAAUUUUGUACUAUCGCAGACGACCAUCUACGUGAUGAGGUCACUUCAAGUAAUGGCUACUCCCUUAGGAAACAGUGUAUGCAUAGUGAACACAGAUUUCGUGAUAGGUUAGUGGAUACGUGCACGGAUACGUGCACUGCAGUGUUGACCUGCACUUCAGAAUCAGCUGAUAGAUAAGGCAUUCCUCUGUUUUUAACACUUAAGGAAUCCUCGUACCUACAUGUAUAUAAGCUACACCUACGAUAGCGUUGUCUCAGUGUUGCGUGGCCAUUAAAGUAUGACGAUGGCUUCCUUUUCGAUCAAAUUGGCUUUAUUAGCCGCUGUGGUUUCUAUGGGAACGACAAGCAAGCAGGGUUGUUUGGAUAUGUAUGUUUUUUCCAGCACUUACACGACCAUUUCUAACACCUUACACACUCUAGAGGCACAGAUGAAGACAUUGAAAGCCCAACUUGAUGCAACCAUAUCGAGUGCCUGCUUAGAACCGGACCCUAACGUUGACACCAACACCCGGUUCAAUCUGACGUACUGUGAUUUUGAAGAUUUACACAUGUGUAACUAUACAAACGAAGCCGACGGUGGGUAUCCCUGGAAAACACUUGCUGCCACAGCUGCUAUCAGUGACCACACGUACAUGGGGGUUAAAGAUGGACAUAUGGUCUAUAGUUACUCCAGUUAUUCAAAAAAGCUGACCUCCCGAAUUUUUGACAGGGCACCUGCAUACUGUAUAAGAUUCUACCUCAGGGCACAAUACCCAACAACACAGUUUACAGUUUACAUUACGGAGGAUGGUGGUGUUGGCUACCCUAUUCACUCCACAGCGCCCCAUACACCCACUACCUGGACCCUUGUUGAAGUCGUGCCUGACUCGGAGUACCUCAGCAAACCGUUCAAGCUCACUUUCAAGGUACCCGCAGGUGGCUUGGCAUAUAUAGACGACAUAAUGGUAUACAACGUUCCUUGUAAUACACCUGGAAUCAGAAAACCUGUAUCAUGCACCGGAAAAGAACUGACCAUUGGUAGCAAGAAACACUGCUAUACGGCUCACGUAGAACCUAGGACGUAUGUAGACGCCAUUCGCACGUGCAAGAAAGGGUGGUCGCAAAGCCAUCUAUUGUCUGUAACGUCAGCCAUGGUGCAGCAUUACAUCGUUGAUUGGAUACGUAAUGACACGGCGUUGACACAGACAGGAGCCUUUGGAUUCUGGACAAGUGGACAAGACGAAUUCUCGGAGGGUCAUUUUCUUUGGACUACGGAUUUAGAAUCUGUUCCGUUCAACUACACAAGUUGGCAUUUAGGUCAACCAAAUAACAUAGGAGGUCACCAGAACUGUGUAUUACUGCAGUACGCUAACGACAACUACAACUGGGGUGACGUGGAUUGUGGAGAACGUCAUCCUUUCAUUUGUGAAUCGGAGUACUCGUAA